UGGUGGUGAGGGGGUAUGGCCAGGAUUCCAGGAGGUGGACGUUCUUCAGCUUCGCCAUCUUUGGAAAACAAGGAAGAAAACGAAAGUGAUGUGGCCCUUCUUAGUCCCAAGGACCCCGACAGAGGACACACGAAGGAACAGCUGGCGUGCCCUAUAUCCUCCAAUCUUGACCCAAACAUGCAAGGCUCCACCAAUGGGCUCAGCCUGGAUGAUUUUAUCCCUGGCCACCUUCGAGCCCAUGUAGGGUCGUCCUCCCGAGGGACAAGGGUGCCUGUGAUCCGGAAUGGUGGCUCCAACACCCUUAAUUUCCAGUUCCAUGACCCUGCGCCCAGGACUGUGUGCAAUGGCUACACCCCACCAAGCAGGGAUGCUUCUCAGCAGCCAGACUCCACAUGGUAUCGGACCUGGCCAGGCCCUGGGAGCCGGCUGUCAGCAAGCCCGAAGCCCCCUGUUUGCCAGCAUGCCCAGAACUGGUCAGCCACAUGGACCAAGGACAACAAGCACCGGGACAAGCGCUGGGUGAAGUACGAGGGAAUCGGGCCCGUGGAUGAGAGCGGCAUGCCCAUUGCCCCCCGAUCCAGUGUUGACAGCCCCAGAGACUGGUAUCGGAGAAUGUUCCAGCAGAUUCACCGGAAAAUGCCAGACCUGCAGUUGGACUGGACCUUGGAGGACCGGCCCAAAGUGGUUUCCUCUCGUGCAUUCUCUGCAGACCCCAGGCAUCUAGGGCCCCAGCAAAGACCUGCCUCUAGGUCUGGCACAGCAGUGACUUCUAGUGGAAGAAGCUGGAACCGUUCUGAAGAGACACCUAGAAACACCUUCAACUAUAAUUCUGGAACAUCCUCUCUGGGGCUUCAGCCCCUGAAUCAGGUACCCAGACGUCGAGAAAAAGUAGAGAAUGUCUGGUCAGAAGACUCCUGGAACCAGUUUCUGAAAGAACUAGAGCCUGGACAGAAGCCCAAGAAACCACUGGUGGAUGACCCUAUUGAGAAACCCUCCCAGCCCAUCGAGGUGAGUGCUGCCAGAAGGCCCUCCUGGGGAAAGCUGGCCCAGCUGAGUGCAGAGCUUGACAAGGACCUGCGGGCCAUUGAGACCCGCCUGCCAUCCCCCAAGAGCUCGCAGGCGCCCCGACGGACCCUGGAGCAGCCGGCCCCGGAGCAGGGGCUCUCGCCCGGCCCAGCCUCAGUCUGGAGGUCUAGCUCCCCGCAUGCACCUUUCCUGGGUUGCCCCGGAUCCCUGAGCCCCCACAGAAUGGCAGAUGGGGGAGGAAGCCCCUUCCUGGGACGGAGAGAUUUUGUCUACCCUUCCUCAACCCGAGAGCCUAGUGCCUCUGAAAGGGGCAGCAGCCCGGCCAGGAAGGAGGAGAAGAAGAGGAAGGCUGCUCGGCUCAAGUUUGACUUCCAGGCCCAGUCGCCCAAGGAACUGACUCUGCAGAAGGGUGACAUUGUCUACAUCCAUAAGGAGGUGGACAAGAACUGGCUGGAAGGGGAACACCAUGGCCGACAGGGCAUCUUCCCUGCUAAUUAUGUGGAGGUGCUGCCUGCAGAUGAGAUCCCCAAGCCCAUCAAGCCCCCCACCUACCAGGUGGUGGAGUACGGAGAGGCUGUGGCCCAGUAUACCUUCAAGGGGGACCUGGACGUGGAGCUGUCCUUCCGAAAGGGAGAGCGCAUCUGCCUGAUCCGCAAGGUGAAUGAAAACUGGUACGAGGGCCGCAUCACGGGCACAGGGCGCCAAGGCAUCUUUCCUGCAAGCUAUGUGCAAGUGCAUCGUGAGCCCCGGCUCCGAGUCUGUGAUGACAACCCCCAGCUCCCUGCAUCACCUCGUCUGACAGCCACUGCCCAUCUGGCCCGUCACCCCAGCUCCCCCUCAGCGCCAUGCAGCCCAGUGGACUCCACUGACUGGGGGGGCUGGACCUCCCCUCGCCGCUCCGGCUUCCCCUUCCCAAUGCCCAUCCAGGAGCUCAGACCCCAAACCCAGAGUCUUAGUACCACUGGACCAGCCCUGUCUCACCCUCAAGGCACCAGCCAUCCCAUGGAACUGGGAGCCUCCUCCCCCAGCACCACAGAGAUACACUGGACCCCGUAUCGGGCCAUGUACCAGUACAGGCCCCAGAAUGAGGAUGAGCUGGAACUUCGAGAGGGGGACCGUGUGGAUGUUAUGCAGCAGUGUGACGAUGGCUGGUUUGUGGGUGUCUCCAGGAGGACUCAGAAAUUCGGGACAUUCCCUGGAAAUUAUGUAGCCCCGGUGUGAGUGGUCUCUAUGGCAACCUGGAGCCAACAAGGAUGGAGUGGGGUGCAGCAGCACUUAUGGGAGGGAGCGAGGCCCCCACAUCCUCCUCCCCUAGGACCUGUGCUCCUAGCAUCUGCAGAGACCCCAGCAGCCUUCCCUCGGAGCCCCCUCGAAGUCCCCUGGACUGAUUCCUACCCGCAAGGCAUUCCUCUGACAGUCCCGUUCACCACCCUUCAAAUACAGAUGUCUGCUUUGAAGUGGAGACUGUCUCCAGGCCUUAUUGAGACCAGACGACGACGACCCCCCCCCCCCCCCCCCCCCCCCCCCCCGCCCGCCGUCCAAGUCCCCCUCCAACACACAGUGUUUCCCCUAACAGGGAUCAGCUCUCAGCUUUGCUCCCAUGGGAUUCCUCUAACAAGGACCAGCCCCCUACCCUGGUGGAGACCAAAGGCCUCCUGUGCUUGCAGACAGGCCUCCUCCCCUUUCUUAACAGCUUGCCUGACGCCCCUCUACCUUCUGGCCUCCAGCUGGGCCUGGAAGCAAAGUGGGGGGCAAUGCAACACCUUCUCAGUCUUCAAGGCCCAGCAAGAGGCCUUGUCUCAAGUCUUCCCAGCAGUCUCAUCUUCCCAGAGGCUGCUGAGCCCUGGGCCUGCACUCUACACAUCCUCUGAGACACACAGCUGCUCCGGCCUAUAAACAUAGAGGGAACCGUGCUUGCUGCCCUCCCACUCCCCAGCCUUCCUCUGCUCCCAGGUCCUCUCUGGAAGAGAAUGUAAAAUAAAUCUGGAUGCCAGGGACCUGA